UGCCCCGAAUGCGCACACCGGUGAGUCGUCGGUGGCGGCGGAGAGUCCGCGGCCUCGAGCGCAGCCGCCCCUCUUUCGGUUUCAAACGUGAGCAAAGCAAAACGCACGUGGCCGCGCUCAGCAGGACGUCACUCGUCCGUUUCUGCAAUAUGCGGGGCUCCACCACGUUUCUGUACUGCGCCUUCACGACUGCGAAUUUGCUGGUUUCAUCGGGGGACGCGAACUCCGGGGACUUCGUGGCGACGAAGACCGCAGCCCUGCACGGCGUGACGCAGACACACCUGGGCAAGACGGUGAAGGCGUACCUCGGCGUUCCGUACGCAGAGCCCCCCGUGGGUCACCUGCGCUUUUCCAGGCCCGUGCGAGCCAAGCAGAGGGACAGGAUGGUUCUCGCCACUGAGUUCAAGCCACCGUGCAUGCAGCUCAAUGGGGCUCUGCAGGACUUACCCUGGUUUCAAGUCGACGAUGGCGUCAGCUCCGAAGAUUGCCUCUACCUGAAUGUUUGGGUGACCGAGUGCAAAGAGCGGGAUAACAACACCACGUGUCCUCUGAAGCCGGUUCUUGUCUGGCUUCAUGGAGGCGGAUUCCGGGGCGGUUCCUCCACUAUGGACGUCUACAACGGUGGCACGCUGGCCGCGUCGGGCGACAUCGUAGUCGUGACGCUCAACUACAGGCUCGGCGCGUUCGGCUUCUUAAGUCUCAACGUGUCGGACAUUCCGGGAAACAUGGGGCUUUACGAUCAACAUUUAGCUCUCCGCUGGUUACGAAGCAACGUUCAAUACUUCGGCGGCGACCCGAAGGCAAUCACGUUAGCCGGCCAAGACGCCGGAGCUACGUCGGUUGGUUUGCACCUCACCUCACCCCUCAAUCGACGGCUCAUUCGGCGUGCUAUUCUCAUUGGCGGCGCUCCAAACUGGCUUGUAGAUCCACUGAGUACGAGCUCCAGCUACGUGCGGGCGCUCAUGUUGACAAGCGCCCUGGCUUGUAGCGAUUCGACUUCGGUGAGGACGGCUCCCGUAGUCGCUCGCUGCCUCCGUGAUGCCACGGCCAAGACCAUAGCCAGAGCCGAAAGCGAGAUAUUCAAGCAAGCGUACUACACAUUCUGGCCUAGGGACCGAGACGAGUUGGUCCCCAUGGACCCGGUCACGGCCAUCGCUCGUGGGCACGUUCUUCCUGUCGACGUGCUGGUCGGCGUCACCGCCGAGUCCGGAUACUCUCAGGGAAUGGCUUUCCAGAGGACGCUGUUUGACCCCAAGUCUUCGUCAUCCGAAGUGUCUAAGGAAUCGGCUACGCGCGUGUUGAACGAUGUACUAUUCCUUUUUCCAAGGUCGGCUAGAGACGAAGUGGCCCAAUUCUACUUUGGGAACAGCACCGACGACCGCGCUGGUUCUGUCAGGGCUGCGCUGGCUCAGGCUCUGGGCGACGUCUUCAUCAACUGUCCAGCAGUGUUCUUUGCGGAAUCCUACGGAGACAGGCCAAUGAAGUCUUUCUUUUACAAGUUCAGCUACCGGCCGACGUUCAGCCGCUGGCCAGCAUGGUUUGGGACCACUCAUUUUGAUGAUGUCCCCUUUUUGUUUGGAGUUCCUUUGAGGCAUCCCACCAAGUUUUCUUCAAAGGACGUGGCUGUCAGCAGGAUGAUGGUGGAAACACUGACAUCUUUCAUUAAGACUGGCGUACCCAAGCCUACGGACGAGAUCGACUGGCCACAGUACACGUCAACGACUCCCGAUUAUUUGGAAGUGGACUCUGGCGACGUGUCAAGAAAGCAGGACCCAUUCAUUCGGUGUGACUUUUGGAGGAGGUAUUACCCAAGAAGUGUCUAAGCUGUGCCAUUGUGAACUUACGGCGCAUUUCAAAGAGACUGCUCGCAUGUCAGGUAUUGUAACAUUUUUGGGCGUGUGGCAAAGCAACAAGGCGGUGCACGUGCUGUAAAAGUUCCGCCACUACUGUCUUCUGCUGCGUGUACUUAAACACCGAGUUCGUUCUCCGUCCCCAGCGCAGUCAGCAUCAGAAUGUUCAAGCGGUAAAUGCAGUCACAUCAACGAAGAAGAAAUGAGCUCCUGAAAGGAUUCUAAGAAAUUUUGCAAUGAAUUCAAGGCUGCGAAUCGUCGACGGCGACAGACAAGCCGAGCGGAGUCCUGCGCCAAGACAAAGCCGUACAACAGGGAAUUUUUGGGAAUUUCAGACGACUGUACAAAUAUAUAUUAAUGAAGCUGCCCC